AAAUAUUAUGAAACCAUGGGAAGUGAAGCGGAACAAGCUUCAGGCAAAGGAGACCUCGCCACACUCUACCAAACAACUAGGCACCAAUCGGGCAAAAGUUCGACGCGGAUUAAGCCAGUAAAAGAUGACAGUGGAAAGUCAAUCACCAAAGAGGUGGAGCAAAGAAAACACUGGGCUGAACACUUCAAAAGACUUUUAAAUCGACCGCCACCUACAACGCGCCCAACAAUACCAACGACGGAAGCAGAACUACCGGUGAACAUCGACCCCCCGACGAAAUCAGAAGUCCUGAAUGCAAUCAAGAUUCUAAAAGUUGGAAAAGCAGCAGGACCAGAUGGAAUCCCAGCAGAAGCAUUGAAAAUGGACCCAGAGACAACAGCGGACUUGAUGACGCCAUUAUUGGAGAAGGUGUGGAAAGAGGGCGAAUUACCAAAGAAAGGAGACUUAAGUAAGUGCAAAAACUGGUGCGGAAUUAUGCUCUUGUCCAUCCCACGCAAAAUACUAAGCCGCAUCAUCCUGCAAAGAAUCAAACAAGCCCUAGUUGAAAAACUUCGACCGGAACAAGCUGGAUUCACGAGAAACAAGUCAUGUGUUGAUCAAAUCAUCAUCAUUGAACAAAGCUUGGAAUGGCAGUCACCUCUCUAUCUCAACUUCAUCGACUUUGAAAAGGCCUUCGACAGCGUCGAUCGAGAGGCAUUUGGCGACUACUUCGCUACUACGGGGUCCCAUCGACAUUUAUACAUCUCAUCCAACAGUUAUACGACAAUGCUCCAUACCAAGUAAUCCACAACAGGAAACUUACGGAAUCCUUCGAAGUGAAGACGGGAGUGAGGCAAGGCUGUCUACUAUCGCCAAUGAUCUUCCUGAUUGCAGUAGAUUGGAUAAUACGACAGAUAGCGGUGGGCAAUGAGGAAACAGGUAUAAAAUGGACUCACACAAAAACUUGGAGGAUCUGGACUUCGCCGAUGAUAUAUGUCUGAUUUCCCACAAACUGGAAGAUAUGCAUGCAAGUGAAAAGCAACAAGCUGGAGGUAGAAGAAGCAUCCAGAGAAGAUAGGACUUCAGGUGAACAUAGAUAAAGCAGAGGUGAUGAAGAUUCCUGACCAACAGCAACAGCAGCAACAACAGACAUCAGCCAGCAUAAAUGGGAGGAACCUGAAAGAAACAACCUCCUCUACCUACCUGGGAAGCAUCGUUUCAACUAUAGACCAACGAAACUGACGAGGAUAUCAAAGCCAGAAUCGGAAAAGCAAGACAAGUUUUCAUUACUCUCAAGUCUGUGUGGGGAUCAGCACUCAGCAUGAAAAAUAAGAUCCGGAUUUUCAACU